AUGGAGAUCUCUGCUUCCCCAUUCAUCCAGUGGUGCUUCUGCAUGUGCCAGGAGGGAUUGAAGUCUUCCUUGGAGCCCUGCCAGGACAUGGGCCACAGAGCAGGCCUUCGGUUACCUAUGAGCACGAGCUGGAGCAAGGAAGGCCUGCGGGUGCUCAAGGUGGAGGCCCAGCCUUCAGUGGGCUUGGAGGAGGCCCACCUCCUGAGUGCCUGCUGUGCGCACUUGGGCGGCCACGGACAAGGCACCGCUGAGGCAGGCCCUCCCGGAUCCCCGCGGGAGUGCGUGAUGCUCGCGAGGCUGACUGACAGCGGUGUGCGGAGUGGGCUGGGCCGGGCCGGACCGGGAGGGGGCCGGAAGGCCGGCUCCGCUACGUGGCGGCCUCGGGCAGGCUCGGCACUAGCCACCAGCCAGCCCCGGGGCGGCGGGACUUCCCUAACAGGCGCCUCCCUCCGGGUUUGCUCCAGCUCCGACUAG